AGUCGUUCUUCAUUAGCAUUAGGGCCGCUGUUAUUAUGAAUUUAGGACCACAUUUACUUAGUCAUUAAUUUUCAUUUCCUUUCCACUAAUCGAUCGCAUAAUCAUUUAUAUGGCAGUCUGAUUGGCGCGGGCAAGCAGACGUGUAUGAUUCGGUACAUGAAUACGACACAAUCUGUGCAGUGUGAUAUUGCCAAUCGAUCUUGUACAUGUAGAGCGAUGAAACCGGCGACGCUUGUUGCGAGUGUCCAGGACACAGACGGCCCCUGCCUGGAGCUGAAUCCGAUGAAGCCGGCCCCGGGACCGGAUCAGCCUAAGGCGCGCUGGAUGCGCUACCCGCUGGUCAGCGGUCUGCGCGACAAAGUGCUGCUUAAGUACGGACCGGAAGUGGAGCGGCCCAGCUGCCGGCAGCGGUUGCUGCGCGCGCUGCAGUGCCCGCCGCACGGCCGUCUGGCCUACAACGCCACCAAGCUGGCCGGCGUGGCCUUCACCUGGCUGAGCGUCCUCACGCUGCUCAAGCAGCAGGCGCUGCCCGGCAGCAACUUCUGGGGACUGUGCCUGGUCAGCAUGGCCGCCAUGCUGGGCGGGGAGAUCGGGCUAAAACUGCGCUUGCCGGAAUUAUUAGGUACGAAUGCUGAUCGCUUUAUGCUGCAGAACGUCCCUCACAUCAGCGUGGCGUCGCACAUUGAUGCCGGGUGGUCGGCGGCCCUGCGCAGCAUCGCCCUGGUAAUGAUCCUGAUCCGUGCCGGCCUGGGCAUGGAUGUCGUGGUGCUGCGCCGGCUGCGACGCAGCAUCCUGCUGCUGGCCUUCCUCCCGGCCACCCUCGAGUCCCUCCUCGGCGCCGUGGCCGUCCACUGCCUGCUGGGCCUGCCGUGGUUGUGGGCCUUCGUCCUGGGCUUCCUGCUGUGCGGCGUCUCGCCGGCCGUGCUGGUGCCGGAGAUGCUGGUGCUGCAGGAGAAAGGGCUGGGCGUGGAGCGGGGCCUGCCCAUCCUGCUGAUGGCCGCCGCUUCUAUCGAGAACGUCUACGUUAUCGUCGUCAUGAGUGUGCUGGUCAGUGCCGGCUUCUCGUCCGAAGGUAUCGGCAUGCAGGUUGCCCUGGCGCCCAUCCAGAUCGCCAUCGGAGUGACCUAUGGGACCCUGGUUGGGUUGCUGGUCUGGUACUUCCCGCACGAUUGCCAUCCCCGCAAAGCGGAUUACCGCUUCGUCAUCCUGCUGACCGCCGGCAUCGUGGCGGUGUUCGGCGGGAAUGCCUUCGGUUACGCCGGCGCCGGACCGUUGGCGUGCCUGCUGAUGGCCUUUGUGGCCGGAAUUCGCUGGGCCCAUGAUGAUCCGGCGUCGCUCAAGGAGGUAUCGGGUAAAUUCGGCAUUUUAUGGAGGUAUUUUCAACCCGUCCUCUUCGGACUUAUCGGCGCGGCGGUGUCGCUGUCAAAAAUCCAAGCCGACACCAUCGGCCUGAGCAUCGCGGUAAUAUGCAUCGGCGCCAGCGUGCGCUUCCUGCUGACGCUGCUGGUGAUGUCGAUGGGCGGGGCGUUGAGCUGGAAGGAGCGGGUGUUCGCCGGUAUCGCCUGGGUGCCCAAGGCCACGGUGCAGGCGGCGCUGGGCUCCAGCGUCUACGACUACACCGUCCUGGCGCUAGCCGGGACACACUCAAUUCCCCUCGACAAGGAAUACAUGCUGUCCGUGCAGAGAAUCGGCAUUCAGAUCUUGACGACGGCGGUGCUGUGCAUCGUCCUGACGGCGCCACUCGGGGCGCUGGGCAUCACGCUGACCCAGACGCGGCUGCUGCAGCCGGGACCGGGGUCCGCUCCGACGCCGGCGGAGCAGGAUGUGGAGAGCCAGUUCAGCGCCGAGUUCCCGCGGAAAGCCAGCGACCAGAGCGUCGCGUUGGACCAUAAAGAUUCCGCUACGCAGACGGUCCACGGGACGGCAGGCGAGUGGACGCGGGAGAAGCAGGAGCCGCGCAGCAGGAGCUGACCUAUACGCCAAUCGUAUUAACUAUCGAUAUCAUAGGGCUCUCUGUCUAUUUGUGCUGAGUUCUGCAGUAAAUUAUGAUUGUCACUUCGAUGCUCACACAGUCACACUUAAUGGUUAUUUUCACUUUGUGCAUGGAUCGUGAUAGAAAGU